GGCUGCCCAUGUGAGAAGGGAAUCUUAGAAGAGAAGAGAGGAGCAGUCACUCAGGGCAGAGAAGAGUUUCCCACAGAUCAUGGCCUCCGCCAACAGCGAGCACGUGGAUGACAGACCGGCACGCAUUAAGCAAGAGGAUUCUGAGUCGGGUGAAUUCGCACGUCUGUGUGUGAAGUCUGAGGAUUGGGAAGAAAGCAUUUCAGUCUUUAAGGAAGAGGAGUUUGAGAGGGAAAUUGUUCUGCCACACCAUGAAAGUGGGAAUAUUUUCAAGCAAGAGGUUUGUGAAGACUCUCAUUCCAGUGCUCUGCCCAGGCUCAGUAAUCCAGGACCACCGACUACCAGGCAGAAUGCUGUGGAACUGAAAGCUGAGUCAUCGGAGUCUGAGGAGAACAUUGCCGAGGGAAACGGGAGAGAAGCGGAAGAGCAGCCGCCAUCUUGGCGUGUUGGCACAGGUUCACAGGAUGAUGGCAGCUUCUCCCCGUCUUCAUUUGCUCAGCCCUCUCUUCAGUACGGACUGCAGCACAAACAUGACAAUGAGAAGAUGAAGAAAUCAACAAGUAAAUCAGACAAUUUGACCCCAGACUCUUUGCAGUAUUGUUCUCCUUCUGUUGUCAAACAAAGAAGGACUGAAGCAGUCGACCCUGAUCAGCACAUGCAUAAGCACAUCAUCCACUCUGAAAAGAAACACUAUUGUUGUUCUGAAUGUGGCAAACAUUUCUCACGACGAAGCCAUCUUCAGCGCCACAAGAAAAUCCACACUGGAGAGAAACCUUAUUGCUGUUCUGAAUGUGGGAAGCGAUUCUCUGAAAGUAGCAAUCUUCAACAGCACAAACGGAUUCAUACAGGUGAGAGGCCGUAUUGCUGUUCUGAAUGUGGCAAACGAUUCACUGACAGUAGCACCCUUCGACAGCACACACAGAUUCAUACUGGAGAAAAGCCAUUUGGUUGUACUGAAUGUGGUAAACAAUUCUCACAUGUGAGCUAUCUUCAUAGGCACACGAGAAUUCACGUUGGAGAGAAACCCCAUUGCUGUCCAGAAUGUGGCAAACGAUUCUCACGACUGAGCCAUCUUCAGAGGCACACAAGAUUCCACAAUGGAGAGAAGCCAUAUUGCUGUACUGAAUGUGGGAAACGAUUCUCUGACAGCAGCAAUCUCCAACAGCAUACCCGAAUUCAUACCGGAGAGAAACCUUAUUGCUGUUCUGAAUGUGGGAAACGGUUCUCUGACAGUAGCACACUUCGACAGCACACACGCAUUCAUACAGGAGAGAAGCCAUUUGGGUGUUCUGAAUGUGGUAAGCAAUUCUCACAAUUAAGUCAUCUUCAGAUCCACACAAGAAUCCACACUGGGGAGAAGCCCCAUUGCUGUCCAGAAUGUGGAAAGCGAUUCACACAAGUAAGCAAUUUUCAAAGCCACAAAAAGAUCCACACUGAAGAAAACCCUUAUUGUAGUUCUGAAUGUGGCAAAGAAUUUCUCAAAAGUAACUGUCUUCAAAAACACCUAAUAAUUCACAAUGGAGAGAAAGUGUACGGCCGUGUAGUGGGUUGUCUUCACGGUCUCCAGAAAGGAUCCAUAGAUGAAAGGAGUGGAGAUUUGGUGAAAGAGAAGCGUUUGCCACAAAGCAUGGCCUCAGCCAAACGGGACAGCAUGGAAGAAGUUCUGGCACAUGUUAAGCAAGAGGACUGUGAGUGGGAUGCCCAAGAGGACAUGCAGAUGAAGCUGGAGGACUGCGAAGGAAGAGUUUUCGUGUUUGAAGAGGACUCUGAGGGUGUGAAUGUUGAGGUUAAACGUGAGGAUUCGAACGAUUUCUCGCUUGGUCUCGGCCUGCGGAACCAUGAGACUGGGAACAUUUUCAAGCCAGAUGUUCCGGAAGGCCCUCACUCCGAUCUACAGCCCUGCUUCAGUAAUUCGGGACAACUGCCUAUCCAGCAGCAUUUAAUGGGAAUGAAAUCGGAGGUGUCUGAGAUUGAGGAGAACAUCAGUGAAGGGAAUGGGAGAGAGACAGAAGAGCAGCAGGCAUCUGGGAAUGUGAGAAUAAAUUUCCUGGAGAAUGGUAGCUUCUUCCAAUCUUCAUUUUCUCAGAUUUCUCUUCCGUACCGACUGGAACAGAACCAGAUCAAUCAGAAUAUGAAGAAAUCAACAAGAGGAUCAGAGCAUUUAACAGCAGCCUCUCUGGUGUGUGGUUCUCUUACUGCUGGGAAACAAACGGGGACGGGAACCAUUGACAGUGACCGACAAGUGCAUAACGCAGAUCAGAAGGCCUCAUGUGUUGGUCGAGAGCGUGGAAAAAUGUUCAAAACCAAAUCUGACUGUUCAGGCUACAAGUCGAAUCACACAAAAGUGAAAUCAUAUUGUUGUUCUGAAUGUGGCAAAGUAUUCUUUUGCAGUAGCCAUCUUGUAAACCACACACGAAUUCAUACUGGAGAGAAGCCCUUUAGCUGCUUUGAGUGUGGCAAACGAUUUGCUGACAUCAGCACUCUUCAGAAGCACAUACACAUUCAUACAGGAGAGAAGCCAUUUUGCUGUUCUGAAUGCGGCAAAAGAUUCUGUUACAAAGGGCAACUGCAGAGACAUGCAAGAAUUCAUACUGGAGAAAAGCCCUAUCGGUGUUCCGAGUGUGGUAAAGCGUUCUCUGACGUUAGCUCUCUUCACAAGCACACACGGAUUCAUACAGGAGAGAAGCCAUAUUCUUGUUCUGAAUGUGGCAAAAGAUUUAUCUGCAAUGGCAAUCUUCAACGGCAUGCAAGGGUCCACACAGGGGAGAAGCCAUAUUGCUGUUCUGAAUGUGGCAAAAGAUUCUCAAACACCAGCGGUCUUUGGCAGCACACAAGAAUUCAUACUGGAGAGAAGCCCUAUGGCUGUCCUGCAUGUGGCAAAAGAUUCAGUUACAGUAGCGCUUUUCGUAAGCACACACAAAUUCAUACUGGGGAGAAGCCAUAUGGCUGCUCUGAAUGCGGCAAAAAGUUUCUCUAUAAAUCUAUUCUUCAGAACCACAUAAGAAUUCACACAGACAAGAAGCCAUAUUGCUGUUAUGAAUGUGGGAAAAAUUUCUUCAGUGAAAGAGGUCUUCACAAUCAUUCAAAAAUGCAUAGUGCAAAGGAACCUAUUGCUGAUGAGUAAUUUCCACCGACACUUCACAAUCUGCAGUGCAGAGAAGACUUAUUGUUGUCUUGAGUGUGGUAAUCGAUUCUCAAAUGGCAGUGGACUUCAUUAACUGUAAAGUAGUUUAUACUUGUGAGAAUCUUCCUAGCUGUUUUGAUUGUGGCAAGAGUUUUCCACACUAAAAGACUCUUUAAGGCCACACGUCAAAGGUCAAUGAGGGCCCAUACUAGAAUUAUGGAAGCCAAGGUGAUAGAAGAAAAAAAGCAGUGAUGCAAAAAAACACUCAAUGACUCAAGACUGAGCGUCACUCCUGUCCUGAAAGUAAGCAACCCAAGUCACUGCUGAGAAUUAACUCCGAGAACUUGCAAGAUUAUAAGGAGAGUGUGUAAGAGACACAAUGAAGAGGUUAAUGUUAAAGCCAUAUAUGGUUUUGCUUAAGCCGAGUAAAAUGUAAAUGUUCUGUAGUUACACAGAUACUUGAAGACUUCUGUUUCCUCCUCAAUAAGGUUAGUGGACAUUCCAGACACUCGUCUCAUAUUUCUGAUAUAACGGCAAAUGAUCUCAGUUAGCUACAAACACGGCCUGUUAGAUGAGAUUAUUUGCUUACAAAUGGAUGGUCCGAGAGGCAUGUGGCUUUCUGACUGCAUGAUAUUUAAAUUACCAAAGUAACUGUCUGAAUAUAGGAAUAUGGUAACUGCAAGAGACGUUAUAUUUGUAUACCGUAAACUGAAACGUCUCUCACAAGAACUUUUUUUCUUAAUUGUUUCUGGUUUGAAUUUCACUAAACCUUUAAAACAAAGGCACGUAGACUUUUUAUUUUCUUGUAGAUGGCAUACCCAAUGCUCAGAACUUUCCAGUAGCUGCAGGAUUUUGGAAAACCUCAAAAAUUGCAACUCAAUUUGUUAGAAUUAUAUAUAUAUAAAAUGUGUGUGUGUGUGUGUGUGUAUAUAUAUAUAUGUCUAUGUCAGCGGUUCUCAAACUGUGGUGCACGUAACAAAAAAGGGGGCACGAAUGUUGCCAUAUGUGGCGUAAUUUCGCUAUUCGUAGGGAAAUUUUAAACUUGUAGCGGUGUAUCGGCAGCAAAAAAUAUAGGAAUACAUUUUAUUAUGGUUUCAAAAAAACGUUAAGGGGGCACGGUUAAAACUGUUAUGAAAACUCGGGUCGCAAAUACUUAAAGGUUGAGAAACGCUGGUAUAUGUGAUAUAUUUUCUGCCAAACAAUACAAAGAGUACAUAACAUGUUUCGCACUUAUUGAGGCUUGUCAGGUUUAUGCACUUUUGUAUCCCUCUACCGGGAUCGAACCUCAGACAUCAGUGCCAGACAUGGCCGACCAAUCACAAGAGUUACCUGGUAGGUAACCACCUAAUAAUC